CUCUUCUUGUCUAUGACAACUUGUGAUCACAAGACCUCUUCGUUUUUGAGUUUUCUGUCAAGGCAAAAAUUGGGCGAAAAAAGGCCGUCCCUUUCGGGAAUAUCGGGUAAAACAGCUCCAAUUUGCUCAAUAAAUAUCUCAAGAUGAGGUACUUCCUAACCUACCUGUUCGUGCUGCUGCUGCUGAUCGUCCUACCAAUAUUUUCUAUGUACUAUCUUCUCAAUGGAAAGGGUGAGCAACUGAGCGUUGGAUGGUUCCUGGAGAAUACUUCCCCCUACAUGUGGGGAACGUUGGGAAUUGCAUUCGCCGUCGCGUUAUCAGUGGUGGGCGCUGCCAUGGGCAUCCAUACGACCGGAGUGAGCAUAGUUGGAGGUGGUGUCAAAGCGCCCCGAAUCAAGACCAAGAAUUUGAUCUCCGUUAUCUUCUGCGAAGCCGUGGCUAUCUACGGUUUGAUCACUGCCAUCGUGUUAUCUGGAAUGUUGGAGAAGUACACAGAGCCCCUGACUGACCCAAUCAUCAAGAACCAAAACUUCAUGGCUGGUUAUGUGAUGUUCGGUGCUGGUCUGGCCGUCGGUCUCGUCAACUUGUUCUGUGGUAUCGCCGUCGGAAUUGUGGGCUCUGGUGCUGCUCUUGCUGAUGCAGCUAAUGCUGCCCUAUUCGUCAAAAUCUUAAUUGUGGAGAUUUUCGGAUCAGCCAUUGGUCUAUUUGGUCUUAUUGUUGGUAUCUACAUGACAUCAAAGGUCAAAAUGGGCAACCAGUAAUUUAAGAAUAAAGUAAAACUUGAAUCUAAGUUGUAUGCCAGCACUGGAUGUACCAGCCUUGACCCAACCUUGCAAACAGUGUCCAGUGCCCAUUGAAUACUUACUGACACCGAGAAGCUUCAAGUUAUAUCAUAAUAGCAGUGUUGAACUUGUGUAUGUUUCCUGCCUACACUUUGUUGAUGUGUAUUAAUGUAAAUUAUUUUUUUAAUCUUAAUGAUCAAUAAAUAUCUGAUCUUAGCACCUCAUAGCAAAGUAGUUUAUACGUAAAAUUAAAGUAUUUUGAUGUUAUACCUGUACUAUAAAGUUAAAUUCUGUUAUUUACUAUAUUAUGGCAUUUUGUGCUAAGAUUGCAGAUAUUUGAGCAAUGAGGUUUGGAUUGUAUUGCAGUAUUUUAUUGACAACUUUUUAAUAACCUAACGAGAUUGUGAUGUAUUGAUCCAUAACAGUGUCAUUUCAACAUCAGGUGUUGAAAUGACUAGGUACACAUUUUCAUAGUUUCUGUGGCCUAAUAUGUCGUUCUGCCUUGACAUAACAUAGAUGUUGUGCCUAGUCAUUUAUAAGGCUUAUACAUUCCAUAAAACCUUGUUUCAAGUUUUGUAAAAGCUUUGAUUGGUCAGUCUGUAACCCCAUAUUAUACAUAGUAAUAAAUUAUAAUGUACAUAAACUUCGUAUUUGGCGUACAGUUAUUUUCCAUUGGACACGGAUCUAGUCGAGGGGCAACAUUGCCCCGGUAAUGACUGUAAUUAUGAAGCACAAAGUUUAACUUAGAACAUAAUAGAAAUAUCAAUUAGAGCAUAUUAUGUUUCAUCACACUAAGAUUUCGCCAUAUGAACUGUGUCUUCAUGGAAAAUAUCGAAAUUGUUAUAAAUGUUCUGUAUAGGUAAAGCGCUGUUUGAUGUUUCCCUUUAUUAUAAAAUCAUGUUGUAAUGCCCAAUUGUAAAUAUUAGUUUGCUUUCCCUUACUAAUUUAUUGUAUGUACUUGUAAAUUCAUCUGCAUAUACUUACUAUUAGAAGAGUUAAUGCCAUCUGGCAUAUCAAUUUAUACUGACAUUGGCUAUUAGGCAGUGUUCACGUUUCGGAACAAAACGAUCGAGAAAGUAUUAUAUCAGUCUAUAAAACAGUUAACUGAUGUAAUUCUAAGUUAAAUAUAUUUUAUUUGUGCAAAUGUAGAUAUUAUGUAUGUUGAUGAAUAAAUAGAUAAAAAGUU